CCCCCCCUCCCUCUCUUCCCACUCUCUCUAAAUCUAUAUAUACAGCACCAUCCACUUUUACUGUUGUUAGACAUACAUAGCCUUGAAAGAGAGAAUAAAGGCUUUUCCUUGUUGCUUAUUGCAUAUUGUUUUCUUUUCUUCCUCUUCCCCUUCUCCUUCUUCCCCUUGUCUUUCUUCUUCUGUAAUUUCUAAUUCCCUGUUGAGAGAAAUGUCGAGCUGCAGCAUCGAUGUUGCCCCUGAGCAACUCUGCUACAUCCCUUGCAACUUUUGCAACAUUGUUCUUGCGGUGAGUGUUCCAUGCAGUAGCUUACUUGACAUAGUGACCGUUCGAUGUGGACACUGCAGCAAUCUGUGGUCAGUGAACAUGGCUGCUGCGUUUCAGUCACUGUCAUGGCAAGAUGUUCAGUCGCCUGGGUACAACAAUCCGGAAUAUAGAAUCGACACAGGUUCCUCUUCCAAAUGCAACAAUAAUAUGAUCGCAAUGAGAGCACCCACCAAUCAUGUAACCAAGGAAAGAAUUGCGAACCGGCCUCCCGAGAAGAGGCAGCGCGUACCUUCUGCCUAUAAUCAGUUCAUAAAGGAAGAGAUUCAGAGGAUUAAGGCUAAUAAUCCAGAUAUCAGUCACCGGGAAGCAUUCAGUACAGCUGCGAAGAACUGGGCACACUUCCCUCAUAUUCAUUUUGGGCUGAUGUUGGAUGCCAACGAUCAAGCUAAGGUGGAGAAUGGGACUGAGAAGCAUUUAAUGACGAGGGCAGCACUUUUGAACAAAUGAAAAGAAAAAGGCUAUUUAUAAUGUCAAAAUCUGAAGAUGCUUGACGAGAUGACUAUCAGUUACCUUGAGUGUAUCAAUUACUAGUAAACAAUUAUUGUGGUCGUCACUUAAAUGUGUUUUUAUGAAUUAGCUCUUUUCCUUUGUAUCAGUAUAUGUGUACGUACUUGUUGUAUCCAUCUCUCUCUUACUAUUUGUUCAGUGGACGUUUUUUACAUCUGUCAUUAUGUAACAAUCCUUCCUAUA